AUGGAGAACCAGACAGGGAACUUGGGCACUCCGUUGUCUCUCUCGGAUCCAGCCAGCAGUGCUCAGAUGGCUCUGCUCAGCAACACCACCACCUACCUGGCUAAGAUUGCCAUUGUUCUUCAUGAUGCUCCAGACAAGAUGCUCACCUUUACUCAGCUGAUGGACAAGCUGACCCUGUUCUUCUCUGAGGAUCGAAAAUCUAUUGAGAACAACGUCAGAGUUUGUUUAUCAACAAACAAAUGUUUUGUCAAGGUUCCAAUUGUGCCAUAUUCACUCAAUAGUAAGAGAAACUACUGGAAGUUGGACUUGACUCAGAUCACAGCGAAGAUGAGACGUCGGCACUUCGGAGGCAUCCUGCAGCUCUUCCCCGAUCUGGCCUGCGAGAUGCAAAAGGAGAACCGGAGCAAACAAUCGCAGCAUUGCGCAACUCCCAGCUCCCAUGAACUUGAAGCUCGCAGAUCUGUUCGUAUCCAGCGUGAGGUGAAGUUCAGAGGUCCUUUCUCCAUUGAUUCCCUCCUAAAAACUGAUGAACACUCUGCUCAGAACCCCAGAGCUUCUCCUCUCUCUGGUGUUCCUCUCAGAGUGAAACAGUCGCCUUAUUAUACACCGUCCAAACAAGCUGGAACAAAGAGAAGCUUCAGCGGGGACUCUGAGGGGCCUCUCACCCUAAAAACUGCAGCUGUAACUUCCCCCAUCUACUUAGCCGAUGGCAGAGGUUAUUUUGGAUGUGGAGCUGUUCACCCCAUCAAGCCGAUACCUACUUACCCUGAGCCCACAGUCUUCCCCAGACCCAGUGCCUCUUAUUACGCCACCCCACAUGGCAGUUAUGCAACAUCUGUACCAGCAUUCAUGCAUGAUGCUCGAGGUUUUUGGUUGUAA